AUGGUUUCAGUAUGUUCGUCAGCAAGCUAACCGCUUGCUCCAAACUUUCGUCACGCUAGAAAUGCAGUAGUCAAAAAAAAAAUUGGAGAUGGAAUUUUACUAACAACGACUUUUCAAUUUCUAUUAUAGUACAUUAAAGGUCCAGUCUACAAAGCACUUUCCCGUUUCGGCAAGUUGAACCCACCAUUGGUGAGAGCAUACGUUCCAGACUUGUUGAUCUGGGGUGGUGCUGCUGGUGCCGCCGUUGCUGUCUUCACUGAGGGUGUCCCAUUGUUCCAGCAAACUUUUUACGAAAAGAUUCCAUAUUUCGGUCAACACUGGAUUAAAGAGGAAGAUCCAGAGGAAAUCCCAGUAUAA